AUGUCGAGGAUUCGUGUUGUCGUGUUUUCGCCUCGUCAACACGAGAUGGCAGAAAUUAGCCACCAUAAUUAUAAAUAUGAUCUAGUCAGAAGCAAAGGUUUCAUCCUAGACUCUGAGGACAUUAUUUCAAGUGUAGUUCUAGACUCUCAGGACAUUGUUUCAAGUAUAGUCCUAGACUCUCAGGACAUUGUUUCAUAUAUAGUCCUAGACUCUCAGGACAUCAUUUCAAGCGUUAUUCCUGGUAUAGUCCUCGACUCUCAGGACAUUGUUUCAUGUAUAGUCCUAGACUCUCAGAACACCAUUUCAAGUAUAGACCUUGACACUCGGGACAUUUUUUCAAGUAUAGUCCUAGACUCUCAGGACAUUGUUUCAAGUAUAGUCAUAGACUCUCAGGACAUUGUUUCAAGUAUAGUCCUAGACUAUCAGGACAUUGUUUCAUGUAUAGUCCUAGACUCUCGGGACAUUACUUCAUGUAUAGUCCUUGACUCUCAGGACAGUGUUUCAUGUAUAGUCCUUGACUCUAAGGACAUUGUUUCAUGUAUAGUUCUUGACACUCAGGACAUUGUUUCGUGUAUAGUCCUAGACUCUCAGGACAUUACUUCAUGUAUAGUCCUAGACUCUCAGAACUGUGUUUCGUGUAUAGUCCUUGACUCUCAGGACAAUGUUUCCGGUAUAGUCCUUGACUCUCAGGACAUUGUUUCAUGUAUAGUCCUUGAAUCUAAGGACAUUGUUUCAUGUAUAGUCCUAGACUCUAAGGGCAGUGUUUCAUGUAUAGUCCUAGUCUCUCAGAACAUUGUUUCAAGUAUAGUCCUUGACUCUCAGGACAUUGUUGCAUGUAUAGUCCUAGACUCUCAGGUCAUUACUUCAUACUCUCACGACAUUGUUUCGUGUAUAGUCCCAGACUCUCAGGACAUUGUUUCAUGUAUAGUCCUUGACUCUCAGGACAUUGUUUCAUGUAUAGUCCUUGACUCUAAGGACAUUGUUUCAUGUAUAGUCCUAGACCCUCAGGACAAUGUUUCAUGUAUAGUCCUAGACUCUCAGAAUAUUGUUUUAUGUAUAGUCCUUGACUCUCGGGACAUUAUUCCUGGUAUAGUCCUCGACUCUCAGGACAUUGUUUCAUGUAUAGUCCUAGACUCUCAGGACACCAUUUCAAGUAUAGACCUUGACACUCAGGACAUUGUUUCAAGUAUAGUCUUAGACUCUCAGGACAUUGUUUCAAGUAUAGUCAUCGACUCUCAGAACAUUGUUUCAAUCCUAGGCUCUCAGGACAGUGCUUCAUGUAUAGUCCUUGACUCUCAGGACAUUGUUGCAUGUAUAGUCCUUGACUCUCAGGAUAGCGUUUCACGUAUAAUUCUUGACUCUCAGGACAUUGUUUCGUGUAUAGUCCUUGACACUCAGGACAUUAUUUCAAGUACAGUCCUUGACUCUCUGGACAUUGUUUCGUGUAUAGUCCUCGACUCUCAGGACAUUGUUUCAUGUAUAGUCCUUGACUCUCAGGACAUUGUUUCAUGUAUAGUCCUUGACUCUAAGGACAUUGUUUCAUGUAUAGUCCUAGACUCUCAGGAGAUUGUUUCAUGUAUAGUCCUAGACUCUCAGGACAUUGUUUAA